AUGUUGAAGUCGAGAAUCUGUAGCGUAGUCAGUGUGUUGCCAGCCGUCGGUGUACACGGCACCCCAGAAGGUGUACAGAAACUAUCCAAAGGAGGUGUACACAGGCCCUCUAAAAGUACACAAAGACUAUAUCUUCAAGGUGCACACGACAACAGAAACGCUCACCAUCGUUCAGGAGGCAGAGUACAUAAAGGUGCACACGGACUGUUCUCGGGGUGUACACGGCAGCAGAAGCGUACAUCAGGAGGCAGUGUACACAGGGAUGCGGGUCGCCUACAUCACAGCAGUGCUCUUUGUCAGCUGUAUGUGCUGCGGGGAACCUGCUGCGUGGGGUGGAGGUGCCUCAGUACGCCUUCGCCGGAGAGGAGGCUGUUAAGCUGCUCCUAUGACCUGAGGGCGACCCGCCUCUACUCCCUCAAGUGGUAUCACAACGGCACCGAGUUUUAUCGCUAUGUCCCCACCGAGAGGAACGCCCCGAUCAAUAUUCAGCCUACGCAUAAGUUUUCUGUUACCGAAGUGUCCCGGGACGAGAGGAGGGUGACGGUGUCGCUGACGAAGCUCCGGGUGUCUGCGUCAGGACAGUACAGGUGUGAAGUGAUCGCCGAACACCCUAGUUUCCGGACCGAAUUCGCUGCCGCUAACAUGACCGUGCUGAGUGAGUACAGUGAACCAUAAACAAUGCUCCUUUUU